AUGGACCGCUCGACCGACGACGCUGCUGGCGGCGCGCCCGGCUCGCUCUCAAGUUCUUCAGCAGACCGGGAACGAGAGCCCUACGAUCCCUACGACCCCUACGACCGCCGAUACGACCAGAGUCAUCGGCCUCCGCCGCAGCAAUAUCAACGAGCGGCCCAGUUCGAACCCUUCCAUCGGCAUACCCAGCAGCACCAGCAGCACCAGCAGCACCAGCAGUAUCAGCAGCAACCGCACGGGCACCAGUUCCAGGCAUACCAAAGACCGCCGCCAAACAUGGCCUCGGGGCCCUGGAAUCCGGCUCAGCAUUCGGCUAGGUUUCCCCCGACACGGCCGCCGCCGCAUCAUAGCCAGCAACAGAAUUGGCCGCUCCCUGCACCCCGGUCGAGGCGUGACGACUUUGAUGCGACGGACUCGUUUGACCAUGCCCUUGCUCACAGUCGCAACCACCCGUCCCGCUCCCAAAACUCCUUAAACGAUGCAACGUGGUCCUCGACCUCGCCGCGACCCCCACGACCCGUCCUCGAAUUGAGAUCUGAGAGACAUGUCCCUCCCGACCUCAUCUCCCCGAGAAGUGACACCUUCUACUACAACUCGAGAGCACCUCCGAGACCGUGUCCCAGUCCGAGCCCGAGCGUCCCCGACUACCACAUGCCGCACAGGUCAAGAACAGAAUCGCCGUCGCCGUCGCCUUCGCUAGCAAGGCCUCCUCCCCGAUCCGUUUUCCCGGGUCUUUCGUCGCAUCCCUUCAUCCCCGAGGAAUAUGAAGCACACUUCUCGCGACAAGAGACGCGCAAAUUUCCGCUGUUUUCUAGGCCACAAGAACACUCUGCCCCGGCAACGCCAGUCAAGCAUACUUUUAACGCUUCGGUUGACGAGAAGCAUGCUCCAGCAAGAACGGGAAGCCCGGCGAUGGUCGAAAACUUUUCGCGGCCAAGGAAGGCAAGCGUCAGAUCGCAGCAGUCGGAUGGCGCUUUAUCGAGACGCAUGGCGGCUCCGCGGUUGCAUGAGCCAAUUGUCGACGGCUCGGAACCCAGCCCGCAGGUCCCGACCAUUCUUAACACUCCUCCUGAUGCCGUUCCCAAUGACGACUUCCCCCCUCGCCGUAUUCCCGGAGCUUCCCAUCCUCCUGAUAACGUCAAUACCUCAACCCCACAAUUUCCGAAUACCGACUUCCUCAAUCCUGCACCGAACAAUACUUUCCCAAGACAAGCAAAUCCCUCGAUCGCGGGCCCUUACGCGCGGCAGUCGACAUCGCAUCAGUAUAAUGCUUAUGUCCCGCAUGCUAAGGAUGUGCCGCCAUGGGUAUCUAGUGACGAGGCUCGCUCGAGUUGUCGAUCUCAAUUGACAGUCUCAACUGCACAGGGCACCGGUUUCACAAGCGAAGAAGCCAAGAGAAACAGCAUCCUGACUAAGGCCAGCAGCUUCGAAGAACAAUCGAUUCUCAACGACUAUGCGCGCAGGAGUUGGCGAAUGAGCUACGUGGACGAUGGACCGAGUCUAGAAGAUGUUAUGGGCAUGUAUGAGCGAGGGUUCACUGAUUCCGAUGCCGAGGAGAACAUUCGCCGCAGCCGGAGAUUCCCCGACGACGACUUCCUUGUCGACAGCGAUAACGAGCCUGAUUUGCCCGACCGCGAAGGCUCACGACCCGUCAGUCGCAGUUCCGACGUUAGCGACGUGAGGGACAAGGUGCUGGAAGCCAUGGAUGAAACCCUAUCAAUUCCAGGCGCUUUAACAAUUCCCAACUCCCCAGAGCGCGAAGCCAACAGACAGUCGGUGCGACUUAGUCGAACGAGACAUUCAUUGCUGGCCAAAUCAUUGCCGAAUGACGUUGGGUUAGGUCUGGCUUCUGAAGCCAUGAAACGACGCGAUAAGGUCGAAUCGGUUUCAGACAAACACGACUCGGCGAAAUUGUUGGACGGAGACGAUGACCUGGCUACUCUGAGAGAUGAGGGCGCCAAGUCUCCUCGGCCAGCCUCACCAACAUCAGUUUCAAAGCGAGAUCAGGAACACUCAAUAUCGGAACAACCCCGGCCUGAUACGAGGCAGUCGGAGCGUCCUCGUUCAGUGUCGCCUCUAUCGGCCGAUUCCGAUCUGGAGCAACCUCAAGCCCUCACAACGCAACCGCAAUCCCAGGAGGAUCAACCAGAGCAGCAACAACACUCUGAGCAGCAGCAGCCAAUGCAGCAACCUGAAGAGCCACAAUCGACACAGUCGGAGCAGCCGUCUCUAGCGCCUUCUCUGUUGUCGCCUAGCUCUCCGGCGCCAGCUCCCGAACUUCCCCCUGUCGUCGCAGAAGAGCCAGAGGAUCCUGAUAGCCGUGAUAGGUAUGGUUUCCGCAAGGCGAAUGCUAAUAUAACCCGUCAAGAAUACGACGCGUGGAACGCCCAGUAUACCGAGUACCUUGCCCGCAGGCGGAAGAAGUGGGUUGCAUUCCUGAAGGAGAAUUCACUCAUGACCGAUCAUCCGAACCGAUUCCCCCCUCGGAGCACGAAAACCAAACGAUUUAUUCGCAAGGGCAUUCCUCCAGAUUGGCGGGGUGCUGCGUGGUUCUACUAUGCUGGCGGCCCUGCCAUUCUCAGCAAACACCGUGGAGUAUACGAUGAGCUAGUGCAAAAGUCGGGCCUCGACCCUCAAAAGCCUGGCUAUCUUCCCGGCAGAACACCGGGAGUCAAGCCGGUCAUUGUGGAAGACAUCGAAAAGGAUCUGUACCGGACGUUCCCCGACAAUAUCAAGUUCAAGCCUCCGCGUCCCCCGCCGCCCGCUGACGGAUCUCCCCCUCCUCCUGCUCCGGAACCUCCGAUUAUUACAUCGCUGCGCCGCGUACUCCAUGCCUUUGCUCUUUACAACCCACGCAUUGGCUAUUGCCAAUCACUGAACUUCCUCGCAGGGCUGCUCCUCCUUUUUGUCGAGACCGAAGAACAUGCGUUCUGGCUACUCAACAUUAUCACCCGUGUUUACCUCCCAGGUACUCAUGAGAUGAGCCUAGAGGGCUCCAAGGUCGACCUGGGUGUUUUGAUGACAGCAUUGAAGGAGACCAUGCCCGCAGUGUGGAAACAGCUUGGUGGUGACGAGUUCGACAAUGGGGGAAAGAAAGGCAAGAGCAAGAAGGGCCACAGGAGGGGAGACACCAGCGGGAGCAUUAGCGACCCCAAUCGGCUGCCUGCUAUUACGCUUUGCAUGACAGCCUGGUUUAUGUCUUGCUUCAUUGGCACGCUGCCUAUCGAGACAGUCCUUCGCGUGUGGGACGUCUUCUUUUAUGAGGGCUCCCGAACGCUCUUCCGCAUUGCUCUCACGAUCUUCAAACUGGGCGAGCGCGAGAUCCGCGCAGUCCAAGACCCGAUGGAAAUGUUUGGUGUUGUACAGAACUUCCCCCGUCGUAUGCUCGAUUGCAACCAGCUGAUGGACGCUUGUUAUAAGCGCCGCAACGGCUUCGGCCACAUCUCCCAACAAACAGUUGAAGAACGCCGCCAAGAACGUCGCGAUGGCAUUCGUCGCUGGAAGGCUCAGCAGGAGGCGAUGGCGGCGGCUGCGGCUCGAGGCGAUACCCCGACUCAACGGCCGUCGACAAAGCAACGGCUUGGCGCCACGCUGGGCCUGGAUAUUGGCUCGUCGGGAGACAAAGAUGACCCGAAUCGCAGCAAGUCCAAGUUGUUUGGGCGCCGCAAACAAGACCAGGAGCAGGCGCGAGCUGCCGAGGUGAUGUAG